AAAUUCUUAAAGUACUUCAAACCAAACAAGAAUUUCAUUCCGUUUCAAGUCUGUAGACUCUCAGUAUAAUUCAGUAAAUUUACGACAAGAUGGCUGAACCAAUUGAACCAGUGCCCAAUGAAAAGAUCUCCGCGGGAAGGGGCAUGGGAAAAUGUUGCCGCUUCCAUUGGAGAGGAAAAUUGACUGUUGUAGUACCCAUAAUACUCUUACCCAUGCUGAUCCAUGGCUACACUAGUGACUUGCCGGAAAUUGUUUGCUUAUAUUUGUUGGUUAUUAUGGCCAUCUUUUGGAUAACCGAGGCCAUUCCCCUCUACUUGACAUCGCUGUUUCCCAUCAUGUUUUUGCCAGUUGCCAACUUUUUGAGCUCUGAUGACGUGACCAAGCACUACUUUUCCGGCACUGUGGUGAUGUUCUAUGGCGGCCUGGUCGUUGCAUUGGCCAUUGAAUAUUGCAACUUGCAUCAACGAAUUGCACUCAAAACGAUUAUUCUUGUGGGCUGCAGUCCAAGGCGCUUGCUAUGUGGCUGCAUGUUAGUCAGCUCUUUUAUGAGCCUUUGGAUAUCGAAUUCGGCGGGCACGGCCAUGAUGUGCCCCAUUGUCAAGGCGGUGCUUAAUGAGAUGGAAUCUGAGAAAAUCUUUGAUGUGUUUAUGACCCAAGAGGAGGAGCCCAUGGAGGAGGGCGAACCUGCGCACCUGUCGAAGGUGGCGAUGUCCUUCUACUUUGGCGUUGCCUACUCGGCCACAGUGGGCGGCUGUGGCACGCUAAUUGGCACUGGAACCAAUCUGGUCUUUAAGGGUAUCUACGAAAAUACCUUUCCCUCAUCCAAGGAGGAGGUCAGCUUCCCUCUCUUCAUGGCCUAUACUGUGCCCCUUGUGGUGAUUGUGAACAUGAUCUGCAUCUACUUCAGCCUGCUGAUCACCCACAUGGCGCUCUUUCGUUCGGGCAGCAAGACGGGGCAGGCUCUGAAGAAGGCCACCGACAAUAAGGAUCAAGUGGAGGUGGUACUGCGACAACGCCUCAAGAGCAUGGGUCCCAUGAGUUGUCACGAAAUUCAAGUGGUUAUUGUAUUCACUCUAAUGAUUGUGUUGCUCUUCACCCGCAAACCGGGCGUCUUUACGGGUUGGAGUUCACUCAUCGAUGCAAAGCCCGUUGGUACAUCUUCCACGGUUUGCUUUUGUGUGAUUUUACUCUUCGCAUUGCCCACUCAGUACACAUUCUUCAAGUAUUGCUGUGGCAAGGCUCCUUUUCCCGCUCGAACCAUAGACUCGCUGUUGUCGUGGGAUUUCUUGCAUCGCACCUGCCCCUGGGGUCUCUGUUUUCUGCUGGGUGGAGGCUUUGCUCUGGCCGAGGCCUGCAAAGUGAGCGGAGUGACCAAGUACAUAGCCAAUAGCAUGUCCUUUGCCUCCAAGAUGCCGCUGGUAUCCGUGCUGCUGAUUCUAUUGAUGUUCACCCUGUUCUGCUCCGCCUUUACCUCGAACGUGGUGGUGGCCAACAUUGUCUUGCCAAUUUACUGUGAAUUGGCAUUUCACAUGGAAGUACAUCCACUAUUGCUCACUCUGCCCACCUGUCUGAUCACCAGCUUGGUGUUCCUCUUACCCGUGAGCACACCCCCCAAUGCCAUCAUCUGUGGCUAUGCACACAUCAAGUCCAAAUAUUUGAUGCGAGCUGGCUUAUUGCCUACAUUCUGGGGACUUCUUUUGGUAUUUGUGAAUAGCAUUAGCUGGGGAAUGGUCGUCAUUCCCGAAAUGAAAUCAUUCCCAGACUGGGCUAAGGAAUACAAAAACAAGACCAGGGGUCAUAUUAUAGAUAAGCUUACGCUCUAUGAUACCUAAACAAUUGUUUGGAAC